AUGCGCAGUUUCUCGGAGACGUGCGUCCCGACCGAGGCACCACAAGCCUUUCCAACAAGAGUCGGAGAUGCGGCCCUUCGAGGGACUGUCCUGGCCGGACCCCCGCUGUUCCCAGCCAUGGCUUUAUCCUCCCGAGGGUCAGCGGAUCCCAGUUUGGAUACGAUGAUUCACACGUCUCCGCCCGGGCAUUCUGCGAUGCUGUGUCGGCCUCCCGAAAUUCUGGAGGGAGGGGAGAUGGCAGAUGAUGAGCCGAAAGUUUAUCUGGAAGCCAGCGACCUUUGGAGACAGUUCCACAAAUGCGGCACUGAAAUGGUCAUUACAAAAUCUGGGAGGCGCAUGUUCCCGCCGCUCAAGGCCCGGUGCAUCGGGAUGGAUAGAAAAGCCAAAUAUAUUCUUCUGAUGGACAUAGUGGCGGCUGAUGACUGCAGAUACAAGUUUCAUAACUCCCGCUGGAUAGUGGCGGGAAAGGCGGACCCCGAGAUGCCCAAGCGCAUGUACAUCCACCCGGACAGUCCGGCCACGGGCGAGCAGUGGAUGUCCAAAGUGGUCAACUUCCACAAACUUAAACUGACCAACAACAUUUCUGACAAACAUGGAUUUACAAUUCUCAACUCGAUGCACAAAUACCAGCCCAGAUUUCAUAUCGUGAAGGUAAACGACAUCCUCAAACUGCCCUACAGCACCUUCAGAACAUACGUCUUCUCCGAGACUGAGUUCAUCGCAGUCACAGCUUAUCAGAACGAUCAGAUCACACAGCUGAAAAUAGAUAACAAUCCUUUCGCUAAGGGAUUCAGAGACAUCGGCAACGGAAGAAGAGAAAAGAGCUAA